CCCGUGAACGCAGCAAGUAGGCGAGGCUCGGGCGUCACAACCGCACGCGGUUGGAAUAUUUUGAAGUAUCAGGCGGUUGUUGUCUUGCCUUUAGUGCUAAUUUGUCACCUCAGUCGACUCCUGUCUGUGUAUUUUGUUUUCCUACCAGCAGUAUAUAUAUCUAUAUGUAUGUAUAUAUACAUACAUAUAUAUAUAUAUAAAUCCGCACGACUUUUAGCUUGACUGACCGAAAUGGUGGCUGCACGUGCGCCUUCUUGUUAGGCGACCAUACAGGAUACAAGAUUUUUAUCGUCAACAUUUCCACAUUUUGGCAUUAUUCUCUGUGGAUUUUUUUUUUACCUCCCUGACACCGUUGUCAUCUGUUCAGAUGGAGAAGCAACUCGCUGAGGCAGAAGCCAACCAUCGAGAAAAUCACCAAAGCGCUUCUGAGCCUACAGCCCGAGCAGGUUGGAACAGUAAAAUCGAGUAUUUUUUGGCGCAGGUGGGAUUCAGCGUCGGGCUUGGGAACGUCUGGAGGUUUCCAUAUUAUUGCCAUCAGAAUGGAGGCGGAUCGUUUUUGUUGCUCUAUGUGGUGUUGAUGCUGGUUGUAGGCACGCCAUUGUUUUUCCUGGAGCUGGCAGCCGGUCAGGCGAUCCGACAGGGAAGCAUCGGAGUCUGGAAGUACAUCUCACCCAGACUAGUUGGGAUCGGAUACUCCAGCUGUGUGGUGUGCUUCUUUGUGGCUCUCUAUUACAACGUAAUCCUCGCAUGGAGCCUCUUUUAUCUUGGCAACUCCUUCCAGAGCCCUUUACCUUGGACAAAGUGUCCAGAGCAGGGGCAUAAUCUAACAGUUACGGAAUGUGAAGCAAGCUCGCCUACCUCAUAUUUUUGGUACCGUAAAGCUUUGGAUAUCACCGACUCCAUCAGCGAGACAGGCACUUUCAACCCGUACAUUAUUGGCUGUCUGCUGGCAGCAUGGACCAUUGUGUGCCUGGGAAUGAUCAAGGGAAUCAAGAGCUCUGUCAAGGUGAUGUAUUUCUCCUCCAUCUUCCCCUACGUGGUGCUCUUCUGCUUCCUUGUGCGGGGUUUUCUACUUGAUGGUGCCCUGGAAGGCAUCACCCACAUGUUCUACCCCAAGCUGGAGAUCUGGGCAGACAUUCAGGUGUGGCGGCAGGCAGCCACGCAGGUUUUCUUCGCUCUGGGUUUGGGCUUCGGAUCCAUUAUUGCCUACUCCUCCUACAAUCCCAAGAACAACAACUGCCACCGUGAUGCCUUCACUGUCUCCUUGAUAAACUUCCUCACAUCCGUGCUGGCUACGCUGGUGGUGUUUGCUGUGCUUGGCUUUCGCGCAGCUUCAGAAUGUAUUGAGAGUAAUAUGAAGCUGCUGUCAGAGCAGAUCCGGAGCGGUUCUGUGGACCCAAACAUGAUGCCAAGCUUUGACUACUCUAAACCUCGUUCUGUUACCCUGGAGGUUUACAGGAGCUGGUUCAAACAACAUGGAGAACAUAUCGCUGGAAAUUUGACUGGCUGCAACCUGGAAAAGGAAAUGCAGAAGGGCGUGGAAGGAACCGGCCUCGCUUUCAUAGCUUUCACAGAGGCCAUUUCUUUGUUGCCUGGCAGCCCUUUCUGGUCAGCCCUCUUCUUCCUCAUGCUGCUCAACUUGGGCCUCAGCACCAUGUUCGGCACCAUGGAAGGCAUCCUCGCCCCACUCACCGAUCGCUUCAAGACUCUGGCAAACAACAAGACCAAACUCACAAUUUUUACCUGCGUCAUCGGCUUCCUAAUUGGCCUGCUCUUCACUCAACGCUGUGGAAACUACUUUGUCAUGAUGUUUGACGACUACUCUGCCACCUUGCCUCUCAUCAUCGUGGUGGUAUUUGAGACCUUCAGCGUGUCUUGGCUAUAUGGAGCUGACCGAUUCCUGGAUGACAUCGAGGGGAUGCUAGGCUGGCGCCCUAAUGUGAUCUACAAGUACUUGUGGAAGUACAUCUGUCUGCUGGCCAUGUUGGGACUGCUGGUGGCCACCAGCGUGCGCAUGUGCAUCGAAAGACCAACUUAUUUGGCGUGGACGCAAGAGACGGCUUCUGAGAUGAAGGUACCAUACCCAGACUGGGCUCUAGCUGUCCUAGCUUUGCUCAUCAUAUUCGCCAUGUUGCCUGUCCCCGUGGGCUUGAUCUACACUCUUCUGCAAGACAGAAUGAAGGGACACUUAGAUGAUACAAAGCCUGGUCAGUACAGUAUUGUUAACACUGAGGACAGGUUUGAAACCCCAAUGACGGAAUUGUCAGGCAUGAGCCAACCCAACGGAGAUGCAAGCUCUUACUGACUUCUGGUUGCUCUCCAUUUCUAUUGCACGCCACACAUGUCUAAGUCUUGUUGACUGUGGACUGUUUGAUAGGACUGUUAUUUAUUCAUGCCAGUGAUCAACUUCGUCAUUUGUUUUUGGUUGAAGAACACCUGAUUUCAAAAGCCUUCUAGUUCGUAAGCAUCAGCAAAUAUUUUGUGAGUAUUGUAAGUAACUUGUUUGGGGACUCCCCCACUACCUGAACAUUUUUUUUCUAGACACCCCAGACUUUGUUCACUCUUUCAUCGUUGGAACUGAAAUACUACAGUGGUACCUUGCUUUUCGGUAAUAUUCCAUUUCAAAAGGUCAGACAAAACCGAAGCAGUUGAUCACACAAGAAAUAAUCUAUGUUCAAUUCAUCCCUUCCCCCAAAAAUAUAAAACAUUUUUAUUUGAGUUGUUUCAGUUUUACGUGCAGAAAACCAUAUGAAAUACACAUAAAAAUCAACAUUUAACUUUAUUAUCAUUACAUUUACUAAAGACUUGUUGGCAAAGACUGCGAUGAGCUGACAGAGGAGAGGAGAGAAAACCCACUUUUCGUCUUGAGUUCUUUCUUGAAUUCAAUAGUUUUUUCACCUUCUUUAUUUAAAUGAUGGUACUCACCACUUUCUUUGUCCCCACAAUAGCUUAUUUUGCAGCGAUCCUGAUUUGAGAGAAAAAGCCCAGACUGAGUCACAAACUUGUUGGGUUUCUUUGUUUGGGCACUCUAUUUUGUAGAAUAAUAUGCGAAAUAGGUUAUAAAUAAAGAUUUAAUUAUUGAAAUGUUUGUUAUGUGCAAUGUGUGUCUGUAUAAUAACUGAGACGACAUGCAAAAGCUAAGGUUCAAAUUUAGUUAAAAACCAAAUCAUAAGAAAAGUGGCUGUAUAAAAAACUGAGUCCCCCGUGUAAUUUUACAUUUUAAACAUACGAGCAGUUAACACUAGCCGGUUUUAUUUUUUCUCUCCUUAUUCUUCACAAGCUGCUGCUCCUUUUCGAGUGCCAAAACCAAGGGAGGCCCGCUUUACGUAAAAAAAGGCUGCACAACACAGCACUAAUUGCAGCUGUAGGCAUGACAGGUUGAAAACAGGCUCAGUCGCUACUUCUUCAUUCCUCCAGUUUUAGAUAUUUAAUGUGUAAUUGAAAUAUUUGAUUGUUGUGUUCAAAACAUGUUUUUCGUGGUCCUGCACCAGCUGUGUAGACAAGACACAAAAAUGUCUGUUGAACUGACAUGAUUUUUAGAAAUAGACAUGCAGCAUUUUUUAAAGUUUCAGCUGAAGACCUGUUAGAUUUUCAUGCAUUGUUGAAUAUUGAGGUUUUGGAAGGUAUUUUCACUAAUACACAAUUAUUCAUUUAUGGCCCACCGCUUACCCUCUUCAGGGUCACAGGUUCUGUCUGUUUAAUUUACACAAGUUUUGUUCUUUGAAAUUCAGGGGUUUACUGUGUGAACGAUUCACGUUUUUAAAUGCUGCCCAAAGCAAGUGCCUUUUUUAAUGAGGCAGAUGAAGGCAUGUACAGUUAAAAAACCUUUACAUUUGUAUACAGUCUGUAUAAAUAUUUUGUCAAGAAAAAUGUAAUUUAAUUCCUCUGUAAAAUGUUUUUACUAUCAAAUUGUUUUUAUUAAAGCAUUUGUUACAGCAACAA